AUGGCACGGGUAGGUCCGGACAACGUGAACAUAACGGGCGACAAUCACGUGACCAUGGUCACCAGCGAGCACCUCAACAAUCUGCUGAAGUCCGUACUGAAUCUGGUCCGCAAUCACGUGGGAGUGGAGGGGUCGCCGUGGAUGGUGACCAUUGCCGGACACGCCGGACAGAUAAUCAUCAACUCGUCGGAGGAGCUACUCAUGGAUCCGGUGCUGCCGUUGGCGCAGAAGAUCUGCACCCGAGCCGAGGCGGCCUUCCAUCGCGAGGACCUCAUGAGGGGUUACCUGAAGUCGGCUACGGAUGAUACCAGUGCUGUCGAGACGCAGCUUCAGGAGGAGUUCGCACUACUGGCCCGCGAUGUCUACGCUUUCUAUCCGUUGCUCAUUAAAUACGUGGACAUCCAGAAAGGCCAUUGGCUUAAGAACAACACUCCGGAAGCGGAACAGUUGUAUCACUUCGUGGCGACGAUAUUCAACAUAUGGUCGAAAUCCCAGUUCUUCAGACGAGAGGAGCAGAACUUCAUCUCUCAGAACGAAAUCGAUAACAUGGCUCUCAUUAUGCCCUCAUCGGGAAGGGGUGGCAGAGUGUCGGCCACCAAAUCGGACGGUUCGCAGUCGCAGUCCGCUAAGAAAGUGAAGAAGAAACGGGAGGGAAAGCGCGACAAAGACAAGGAACUGGCGGCCAGUCUGAUGGUGGCCUGUCUUAAGCGCCUACUGCCGGUAGGGCUGAACCUAUUUGGCGGUCGGGAGCAGGAGUUAGUACAGCACGCGAAGGAGAAGUUCCUGAAGCGCCGGCCCGACGCAGACAUCUUCGAGUACGUGAAGACUCAGCUGACUCUACCCGAUAAGAUCGACCCGAGCGACGACAUGUCGUGGCAGCACUACCUCUACAGUAAGCUGGGCUCUAAAAAGGCGGUCACCGGUAGGGAACUGGCGUUAGUUGACAGUAAGCACUCGAAAGACCCGCAUUUGGCGGCCGACCAAUUGGUUGAGAGGAUUAUCGAUAUGUCGAAAGUGUUGUACGGACUCCACACGAUCGAUCACCCGUCUGGUCAGCAGAAAGGCGUGUGGAGGAGCUGUGUAUCGUCGCAGAGAAAGCGGGCUGUCAUCGCAUGUUUCCGCAUGAUUUCCCUCCACUCACUUCCCAGGCACCGGGCGAUGAAUAUAUUCCUGAAGACUUACACCGACAUGUGGCUGACGGUCGAGAACGUAGGCCACGAGCAGCUCAUCGAAGAUAACACGGAAUCCUUCGAAGAGGCGGAGAAGAAGACCGAAGAGGAGGACACACCUAAACCCGAUCCCAUUAAACAACUGGUGACGGCCUUCUCGAGGGCGGCCAUCACUGAACACGGAGGGCCCAUGAAGGAGGACAGCCUAUACAUGGACUACGCGUUCAUUUUUAUGCAGAGUAAUGGUGGGGCCGAAGAGGACGAGGAGGAAGAGGGCGGCGAUGAGGAGGGCGGUGGCGAAGAGGGGCCGUCCAUUCACGAGCAGGAGAUGGAGAAACAGAAGCUGCUGUUCCAACAGCAACGGCUCGCCGAUAGGGGUGUCGCCGAAAUGAUACUGUUGUACAUCAGCGCCUGUAGGGGCAUACAGACCCCGAUGGCGAUGAAGACCCUGAAGCUGGGCAUCAGUAUCCUGAAGGGCGGUAAUGUUGAGGUCCAGAUGCGAAUGUUGCGGCACCUGAAGGACAAAAAGGACGUAGGAUUCUUCAUAUCGAUCGCUGGUCUCAUGAAUUCGUGUUCAGUACUCGAUUUGGAUGCCUUUGAGCGCAACCAGAAAGCCGAGGGACUGGGAGUGGGGGCGGAGGGCACCACCGGCGAGAAGAAUAUGCACGACUCGGAGUUCACGUGCGCUCUGUUCCGGUACAUACAGUUGCUCUGCGAGGGCCAUAACCUGGAGUUCCAGAACUACCUGCGCACGCAGGCUGGUAAUACGACCACGGUCAAUGUGGUGAUCGCCACGGUAGAUUAUUUGUUGAGGCUACAGGAGUCCAUUAUGGACUUCUAUUGGCAUUAUUCCAGCAAGGAUCUUAUCGACCAGUCCGGUCAAGAUAACUUCAUUAAGGCCAUUACGGUCGCCAAACAGGUAUUCAGCACGUUGACUGAGUCCAUACAAGGACCAUGCUCAAUGAAUCAGCAAGCAUUAGCCCACUCGAGGUUAUGGGACGCCGUCGGGGGCUUCAUGUUUCUGUUCGCUCACAUGCAGGACAAGCUCUCGAAGAACUCGUCGCAAUUGGAUCUAUUGCUGGAACUGCUAGACCUGCAGAAGGAAAUGGUGAUUAUGAUGCUGUCUAUGCUUGAGGGCAAUGUCAUGAAUGGCACGAUCGGCAAACAGAUGGUCGACACUCUGGUCGAGAGCGCCGCCAAUGUUGAGAUGAUUCUCAAAUUCUUCGACAUGUUUCUCAAACUCAAAGAAGUGAUUACUUCGAGUACUUUUCAGGAGUACGACAAGAAAGCGAUUGGUUGGGUGACGGCGAAGGACUUCCAGAAGGCGAUGGAGCAGCAGAAGAUCUACGCUCCGGAGGAGAUCCAGUACCUGAUGUCGUGCUGUGAGCCCAACCACGACGGCCUCAUCGACUACCGCGAGUUCACCGAACGCUUCCACAAUCCGGCCAAAGACAUCGGCUUUAAUCUGGCGGUGCUCUUAACCAACCUGUCGGAGCACAUGACUAACGACCCCCGGCUGCAGCGCUUCCUCGAGACGGCCUCAUCGGUGCUCAACUACUUCGAGAACUUCUUGGGCCGCAUAGAGAUCAUGGGCGGCUCCAAGAGGAUAGAGAGGGUGUACUUCGAGAUCAAGGAGGAGACCAUCAAUCAGUGGGAGAAACCGCAGAUCAAGGAGUCGAAGAGAGCCUUCUUCUACUCGAUCGUCACCGAAGGCGGGGAUAAGGAGAAGUUGGAGGCCUUCGUGAACUUCUGCGAGGACGCCAUCUUUGAGAUGCAACACGCGAGCAGUAUAUCCAUGGAGGACGACGAAGAGCCCACCAAAGCUGGUGACUACCCCUAUCCGGGCAGCGAGGAGGUGCCGGUGUCAGCGCUGGAACCCAUCAAAAACGUGUUCAGAUACGUGUGGAACAGGAUCUGCAAACUCUUCUCAUACCUGCGACCGGAAAACCUCCGCAAACAGUGGCGUCGCCUCAAAGAGAAGACAUACUUCGAGCUGUUCGUCGGCUUCUUUCGCGUGACGUUUGGGUCACUGUUUUUGGGCGGAUAUACCAUCUAUUAUGUCAACAAAUGUGUCCUCAAAUUCAUACUCAAACUCAUGACCGGAGAGCCGAUAGCCGGCGCUCCCGAAGACGAGGACGACUACUACAGCGAGGAGAGGGCUCUGAUGCCGGCGUCGGCCGCUGUCGCCUCCCUGGCCUCCGCCGCUAUGAUCGAGUCAAAUGCGGCGCCGCGUAUGGCAAUCAUGAGUACCGAAGAUCUGACCGCUGAGGCCGGACCUAACGGUCCAGACGCCGGACAGUCGGCGCUACCCAACGGCACUGACCCUCAACUGACCGCCGAUUCAGCGGACAGUAAGCAAACGAAUGGUGAUCUCAAGACUGGCGGCGAAGGAGAAGACCAGGAGGUGAGCCAAGAAGUGACUCAGACGGUGGCUGAGGAACCGGUAGCUCAGCCGCCGAUGGUUCCCCAGGAGGAUAGCGGUGCCGGGAAGGGGUCGGGCGGUGAGGGGUCGGCCGAUUCGGCUCCAGUGGUGUCUUCGAUACCGAAUUUCGCGAAUUAUACGAAACGAUUCGUGUAUUGUUUGGCCAGAAAUCUGUAUACAAUCAAAAAGAUCGCCCUAUUCUUGGCGUUUGUCAUCAAUUUGAUGCUAUUGUUCUACAAAGUGACUACUUUUAUGCCCGAUGGCGAUGAGGGCGAAGGGGCCGGUGCUUCAGGGGAAGGGGAUGACGGCUCCGGUAGUGCCGAAGCCGUGGCAGAGAUUAUAGAGGAGGUGACGACCGCGGCCGCGGAUCUAUUGACAGGUGGUGGUGACGACGACGAAGGGGACGACAAUAUAGUGGAGUGGCUGCAGAUGGAGGAGGGCUGGUAUUACUUGGAGCCGUUGCUGAGAGGGCUGGCAAUACUGCAUUCCCUACUAUCCUUUUUUAUGCUCAUCGCGUACUACAACCUAAAAGUGCCGCUAAUUAUAUUCAAACGCGAGAAAGAGAUCGCCCGACGCGUCGAGUUUGACGGCCUAUACAUCAGCGAACAGCCCGAGGAUGACUACCGGGCCCAAUGGGAUAAGCUGGUGAUCAACACCCAGUCCUUCCCCGUUAACUAUUGGGACAAAUUUGUCAAAAAGCGAGUGCGGGCUAAGUAUUCGGAGCAAUACGACUACGACAACCUGUCCACUCUGUUAGGGAUGUCCAAAGCGGGCAGCGCCUCACUCGAUGAGACGCCUCCCACCGGAUAUUUCUCGUUCAUAACCUCAUGCGACUGGAAGUACCAGAUCUGGAAAGUGGGCGUCACUUUCAUGGAUAAUGUAUUUUUAUACAAUUUAGUGUAUUUCGUUUUGUCAGUUAUGGGAAACUUUAGUUACUUUUUCUUCGCCGCACAUCUCCUCGACAUUGCAGUCGUCAUCCCGACCCUCAAGACUAUCCUACAGUCUGUCACACAUAACGGCAAACAGUUGGUUUUGACUGUAAUGUUGUUGAUAAUCGUGGUCUACAUCUAUACAGUGAUUGCAUUCAACUUUUUCCGCAAAUUCUAUGUCCAAGAAGAGGACGACCAGAUCGACCAGAAGUGCCAUAAUAUGCUCACUUGUUUUGUGUUUCACUUAUACAAAGGCGUGAGGGCUGGCGGUGGUAUCGGCGAUGAGAUCGAGUCACCCGAUGGCGAUGAGUACGAAGUCUAUCGCAUUAUAUUCGACAUCACGUUCUUCUUCUUCGUGAUCGUCAUCCUUCUCGCUAUUAUUCAGGGUCUGAUAAUCGACGCGUUCGGCGAACUCCGCGAUCAGUUACAGUCGGUGUCGGACGACAUGGAGUCCAACUGUUUCAUCUGCGGCAUAGGGAAGGACUACUUCGACAAAGUGCCGCAUGGGUUCGACACGCACGUGGCCAAGGAGCACAACCUGGCUAACUAUAUGUUCUUCCUCAUGCACUUAAUCAACAAACCGGACACCGACUACACGGGUCAGGAGACGUACGUGUGGGAGUUCUACCAGAAAAGGACCUGGGACUUCUUCCCGGUGGGCGAGUGCUUCCGCAAACAGUAUGAGGACGAGCUCACCGGACAGGCAUAACACAUACUACCAGUCCGCUCAUAAUCACUCAACUAUCGCAUUAGAUUCAUAAAGAAUUCGCGACAUACUGUUCCCCCAAUUGAUACAUACUGUAUGGCUUGUGUGGGGUUUUUUGUUAUACUCACCCAUUGGUCCCAUUAGGACCCCUUCCCUGAUGUAGUUAUAACUGAUCUGAUGUUUAGUUUUUCUAAUACUUGUUAAGAAUUACUGACUAUUCCUGUGAACACUGUAUUCCCAGACCUUAUAGUAAACUGACUUUUUAAUGGAUAGUAUUUUGUUGUACAC